AUGGGAGAGUCUCGGCAGGAGCUGCUGCAAUGGCUGAACGGCCUGCUGCAGCUCAACAUGACCAAGGUCGAGCAGUGCGGCACUGGCGCGGCGCUCUGCCAGAUCUACGACAGCAUCUUCCUCGACGUCCCGAUGGCUCGCGUCAAGUUCAACGUCACCGCCGAGUACGCCUACCUCGAGAACUUCAAAAUCCUCAGCAACACCUUUCGCAAGCACCACAUCGACCGGCCGAUUCCCGUCGAGAUGCUCGUCAAGUGCAAGAUGCAGGACAACCUUGAGUUCCUGCAGUGGACCAAGCGGUACUGGGACCAGAACUACCCGGGUGGUGACUACGAUGCGGUAAGUCGGCGGAAAGGCGUGGGUGUGGGUGCGGCUCCGAGUCUGCCUCCCAGCAAGGCUCCGGCCAACAGUGCGGCGAGGAGACCAGCGGGCAGUCUCGGUGCGUCUACCGCGGGCCCUCGAUCCAACAGCCGGCAGGCGGGCGGAGCAGCGAGCAGUGCAUUGCAGCAGAAGAACGCAGAGCUAGUCGAGACGGUACAAGGACUGGAGCGCGAGCGAGACUUCUACUUCAGCAAACUCCGUGAUAUCGAGCUCCUCAUCCAGCAGGCCAUGGAGGCCGACCCGACACUCGAGGAGGACGAGGGCGGUUUGCUCAAGCAGAUACAGACCAUCCUCUACUCUACGGAGGAGGGCUUUGAGAUCCCAGAAGGCGACGCCGAGGUUGCAGGGGACGAAGAGACGUUCUAG